AUGAAAGUGGUUCAUAUGGAACUGCCUCUCCGAGCGCACGGUCACGGGCUCUACACCAAGCUGAUGACGACCAUGGCCUGGGCAGAUGCCAUGCUCUGGCAGAAGUUGCCGCGAUCUGAAGUGACCUACCCCGAGGUGGAGUACAUUGUCUACGAGGCAAAAGACGGCAUACCAGGCAGCAUAGAGCCUCAUGUGGACAACCACGCUGCUGUCACCAUCGUUGUGCUGCUGACGGAUCCUAGCGAGUUUGAAGGCGGAAUGAACUGCUUCGCCUCGGCCGAUUCGGAGGAUGAUCCGGCUCGCCACGUCACGCUCGGGCUGGGGGACGCGGUGCUCUUCCGAGGUGAGAAGCUCCGCCACUGGAUAACUCCCGUCACCAAAGGCAAGCGAGUGAUCUUGCAGAUAGAGCUUUCGCGGGUGUAG